UGGUUUUCCUUUACAUUUGGCUGUUUCCUAACUUUAGAAACCUUGUCACACACAUUCACUUCUCAGUAUAUAUAAAAAAACUUCACUAAACUAUACCAUCAACCAAAGCAAAAUCAAGCUAGAGAAACUUCUUCAAUUUUCUACUAAACCACAUUUAUAUACAAGCAAGAUUUUUAAUUAAUUCAUAAUGAGUUCAACAAGCAGAAUUUGGACAGUUGCAGCAAGUGUUGGAAUUGUGGAAGCAUUGAAGGACCAAGGCUUAUGUAGGUGGAAUUAUGGUUUAAGAUUAGCACAAUAUCAUAUUAAAAAUCAUUUGAGAUCUUUGUCUCAAGCAAAGAACCUUUCUUCUUCCUCUAAUUCUUAUGCUAUGGUUUGUAGUAGAUUUAAGGAAAAAGAAGCAAGGCAAUCAGAGGAAUCUUUGAGGACAGUAAUGUAUUUGAGUUGUUGGGGUCCCAACAAUUAGAGCCAUUAAUUUAACGGCUAUUAAAAAAAGAACAAAUAUAUAUAUUGUAUUUUGGAUCAUGAUGAUCAAUAUAUAGUGGUGCUUUUUAAGUAUCCAAGAUUGAUUUUUCAAUGUUCUUACUUGUGACAUAUAUUGAUGUAAAUUUUGAUAAAUGAAAAAUGGAAGUGUUAAGACAAUUCAAAAUUUUAUGUGUGUGUUCUUUUG